AUGUCCACACACGAGCCCACUCCGACAAUCCUUCUCCCACAAGUCCCACCCAAGACCUUAGUCGGUAUCGACCUCAUAACGUUUACCUCGACCGCCAAUUUCCACGGAAUACGUGACCUCUCUCCUGGAUGGCACUUUCUCUACACUGGCGCAACGGAGACUCUGUCUCUCCGCAGUGGCGCAUGGUUCUACAUCGGCGACAUCAAUGCCGCAGGCAAGGGGACUGACGACAUGGCGCUCGUCUCGUCAUCUCAAACAAAACCCCCACGUUCGCCAGUUCAGGAUAUAUACAUUUGGAAAUGGAGCGCGGAUACAGAGACUUUGCUUCCACUCGGUGGAGACAGCGAUUCCGAUCGCCAGGAGGCUAUGCGCUACAAAGCGAACCUUGGUGGUGUGUGGCAAAGUGGAAAGUUGUUCAAAUAUCGCAGUCGAAUUGCACCUUCCAUGCUUGUCAAGCCCGAGACAGCCGAAUCAGACAAGAAGGAGGAUACAGACGAGGCUCAACCCCAGAUCGAAGCGCCAGCCCCGGCAGAGGACGAUGCGCAGGCAGAGGAGAAUGGACGAAGAGACUGGUUUGGCUUGACGAACCGCAUCUCGCCCAGUCUUUUGUCGCGCGUCAUUGGCGGUCCGGAGAUCGAUGUGGAUGGUCAUCCACGAUGGCUGUUGACGUCUGCUUCAACGGCUGAUCGAGAUGCGGAUCACAUUCCAGGAGUCGACUCGCAGGCCACAGAAACCAAUCAGCCGGUGGCAGGUGAGGAACCAGAACGUGAGUUUGGCUUCAUCCCCAUAGACCUGAAGCGGACAUGGAGGGAAGGCGCUGUUGGACGUGAAAGGACAGAAGCAGCUCAAGACCGGUCUUGGGCUUUAGGGGACCUGAUCGAUCGUUAUGCCGGAGAGGCUGCUGGAGGAAACCAAUUGCUCGGAGAAUUGCAGUUCACCUUCCUCAUGGUACUGACCAUGAUGAAUUACUCCUGCCUCCAACAAUGGAAGCGACUUCUCGAGCUUGUGCUUACCUCUCGAGCCGCAGUUCUGGAUAGAGAAGAGUUCAUUAGCGAAUUCAUCCAGAUUCUCUCAUUGCAGCUUCAGCGAUGCGACGAUGUUGAGGGUGGAUUAUUCGAGAUUGAUGGGGAUGAGGGCGGUGCUUUUUUGCGCAGUCUGCUCAUGAAACUUCGUCAGUCGGUAGAUGACUUGGUCGAGGAUGACGCAGAGUCUACUGUUAAACAAGAGCUUGACGAACUCCAGGAAUGGGUGAAAGCUGAAUAUGAUUGGGACUUGCAUCCUGGCCCAGUUGUUCGCCACGGCAUGCUUCAAUUAGAGGACGGUGAGGAGGUUGAGAUGGACUGGGACGGAAAUGACGAAGACGAAGAGACCGGAGAGUAUGCCCCAAUGAUUGUUGAAAUGUGA